AUGGAGAACUUGAUCUCAGCGAACACAACAUUCACUAUGGAUUGUCUGAGAAAAACUCUCUUGUUCCUACUCUCAUGCACGGCGAUUCUGCUAAGUAACAACAUCGUGUCAGCUACAAAGGUUGGCUUAAACUACGGCCUUCUCGGAGACAACCUCCCGCCUCCUCCUCAGGUCAUCAACCUCUACAAGUCCAUUGGCAUUACCAAAGUCCGUAUCUUCGACCCAAACACCGAUGUUCUUAAUGCCUUACGUGGCCACCACGACAUUGGAGUCACCGUAGGCGUCAAGGACCAAGACUUGGCUGCUCUUUCAGCCAGCGAAGAAGCUGUUAACGGCUGGUUCGCUACCAACAUCGAGCCUUACUUAACCGACGUCAACAUCACGUUCAUUACCGUAGGUAACGAAGUCAUCCCUGGACCACUCGGAUCUCAAGUGCUUCCCGUCGUGAAGUCUCUCACCAACCUCGUCAAAUCUAGGAAUCUUCCUAUCUCCAUAACCACCGUUGUCUCUAUGGCUAACCUCGGACAGUCCUACCCACCUUCCUCCGGAACGUUCACGUCCCUGGCGAGUGAACAACUCACACCGGUUCUGAAGUUCUUGUCUGAAGGAAGCGUCCCAAUCCUCGUCAACAUCUACCCUUACUUCCCUUACGCAACCGACCCGGUGAACAUUCAUCUCGACUACGCCGUUUCCAAGAGCGAGGCCGUCGUGGUCCAAGAUGGACCAUUGGGGUAUUCAAACAUGUUUGAUGCAAUGUUCGACGCGUUCGUGUGGGCAAUGGAGAAGGAAGGCGUGAAGGAUUUACCAAUGGUGGUGUCUGAGACCGGGUGGCCGUCCGCUGGAAACGGGGAGCUUACCACGCCGAAUAUUGCAGCUACUUAUAAUGGAAACUUUGUGAAGCAUGUAGAUAGCGGCAAAGGGACACCGAAGAGGCCUAACAGUGGCGUCGAGGGGUUUCUGUUCGCUACUUUUAACGAGAAUCUGAAACCAGCUGGGACUGAACAACACUUUGGGUUGUAUGAACCAACUGAUAUGAAGCCCGUGUACAAGUUGUUUUGA